GAGCACAUGGGUAUAGAUAUUUCUCUGUAGCAAAUUGGAUGUGCGUUGUCUUCUGCGUCUAAAAUUAUUUUAAAAUGAAAUUUAGCAAUACUCAGGUUUUUCUAGUGUUUAUUAACAUUCUAACGAUCACACAAGUGACUGGAGAAAUUCUUAGCAAAGGAUUUGGAAGCAAUAUCGACUGGAAGUCACUUGAUGAAACUGUGAUGCAUAUUAGUAAAAAACCCAAAAUGUUGAUCAUACAUAAAAGUUGGUGUAAAGCUUGCGUAGGUUUAAAAGAGCAGUUUUUGUCAUCAGACGAAAUUGAAGAACUCAGUCGUGAGUUUGUGAUGAUCAACAUCAAUGAUGAAACAGAAAGCCAAAAAGAAGAGUACGAUAUUGAUGGCAAAUAUGUACCGAGAAUUUUAUUUUAUGGUAUUUACUACGCAUAUAAAUAUGGGAAAAUCUUACCAAAAGGGAAAUGUAGUUUUCAGAAUGGUAGCUUGUAUGGUCAUUGUAAAUCUUUGUCUUUUAUAGGUAAAAAUGGAAAAAUUCUUAAAAACAUAAUGAAUGAAAAGCGAGAAAAAUACCAGUAUUUUUACAGCAAAGCUGAAGAUGGUGAGAAAAACUAUAAAAACCUCGACAAAUUAUCAAAUUUAUAA